AUGCAAGCGUUGAUUGUUGACGAAUAUAAUCCAAUAGCUUCACGGAUUCGAAGUCGAAUAGCCAGCUCUGUGAUCGUCGAUGCGCAAACCAUGUUCACUGAUGUAUUUGUUGCUGCAUCUUGGGUGGACACAUCGGAGUCCGUCAUUUUCCCAACGUCGCAAGAAGAAAUCGCUGUAUUGGUGUCGAUACGUCGGAACGGUCUUGAAGAACAACAACAACAACAACAAGGAGGAGAACCAGAAGAAUAA